UUUACAUAUUAAAAAUAACAUCCAAUAACACAUACGGUAGUAAGCGAGAUGAUAAUUCGAGGUUGACUGACAACAUUCUGUCAGUCAUGGCAAACGAGUAUUAAUAAUUUGAAUCAAAGUGCGAAAUGAUUUUGAAAUAUCAACAAGACUGAUUUUGUAUUAAUAACGAAAAUGACAGCACCGUUACUCGUAUUUUUUAUUGUUUGUAUAUUUUUAUAUUAUUUAUUCUUCAUCAAACCUAUGAACUAUUGGAAAGAGAAGAAAGUGUUUCAUUUGAGUGCGCUGAGAAGUUUUCUGAGGACAGUAAUUAGUGGAAAAUCAUUUUAUGAUGCCACGCUAGAUUUAUACAGGAAAUAUCCUAGUCGAAGGUAUUUUGGAAAUUAUUUAUUACUCAAACCGACACUUUUUGUCAGAGACCUAGACCUCAUCAAAGCAAUCACUAUCAAAGACUUUGAGCAUUUUACAGACCACUUUACCUUCUUCCAAUCAGAUCCCAUUCUAGGUAAUAAUUUGUUCGAACUGCAAGGGGAGAGAUGGAAAGACAUGAGAUCAACUUUGUCACCGGCGUUUACCAGUGCAAAAAUGAAGGGAAUGUACACUUUUAUAGAAGAAACUGCUAAAAACUUUACACAACAUCUUUAUGAUAUGAACGCUGAAGAAAUAGAGUUUAAAAAAGAGUUUACUAUGUUCUCGAAUGAUGUAAUCGCCACAUGCGCAUUUGGAAUUAAUUGUGAUAGCUUCAAUAAUGAAAAUAACGAAUUUUUUUCAAUGGGAACCGAACUUAUUACUCCCAGCCCAAGAAGAAAACUGACAAUGUUUUUCGCCUUGAUGUUUCCAAAAAUAUUUAAAGCCUUUGGAAUACCUAUAAUUUCCCAGAAUAUCUUAAAUUUCUUCAAAGAGAUAGUAAAAGAAAAUAUAGAAACUAGAGAAAAACAUAAUAUAUUUCGGCCCGACAUGAUUCAUCUUCUUAUGGAAGCCAAGAGGGGUAGGCUUAAAUUUGAAACAAACAAUUUAGACCAAGACGAUGGAUAUGCAGUUGUACAAGAAUCUACCAUAACUAAAUCUAUCAGGCAAAUGGAAAUCACAGAUAAUAUCAUAACAGCUCAAGCUGUAGUAUUUUUAAUAGGAGGCUUGGACACCAAUUCCACUACUCUCGCCUUGAUGUCACAUCAGUUGGCGAUCCACCAAGAUAUUCAACGAAGGCUUCAACAAGAAGUAGAUGAGGUUUUUAAGCAAUGUGAUGGAAAAUUGACGUACGAAGUGGUAUUGAGAAUGAAAUAUCUAGACCAAGUUAUUUCUGAAGUAUUAAGAAGAUAUCCUCUAGGAUACGCUAUAAUGCGCAAAUGCGUAAAAGAUUACAAAAUAGAGUCUUACAAACGAAGCGAGUCCACCUUUAUAUUGGAAAAGGGAGCUUCGGUGACUAUCCCCAUUGUUGGAAUACAUAUGGAUCCUCUUCUAUUUCCGGAUCCCGAAAAAUUUGAUCCGGAUAGAUUUAGUGACGAAAACAGGAAGAAUAUCGUACCUGGUAGUUAUAUGCCAUUCGGGAGCGGACCUCGCAAUUGUAUAGGAUCCAGAUUUGCUGUUUUAGAAUGUAAGACUGUAAUGGUAUGUCUUUUAAGGAAAUUUGACAUUGUGCCUACGAAAAAUACCAGAAACCCCUUACGUUUUAAAAAGAAUAUAACAGUGUCAAGCAGAGAUGGAUUUUGGUUAGGUCUAAGAAAAAGGAAACACUGAUUUUUGUACUAUAAUGCUAAGCUAAAUAAAGUUUUGACUUUUAUAUUUUUUU